CUGCUGACAUAAAUUCUUGAGUAUUGUUCAAAAGUAGACCACAAAAUGGGAGGAUUUUUGGAGAAACCGGAAACGGAAAAGCAUGUGGAACAGGGUUCCGGGAACAACCUGCGAUAUUGCGUGAGUUCCAUGCAAGGCUGGCGCUUGGAAAUGGAGGACGCCCACUCGGCUGUUUGCAGCUUGAAGAAGGACUAUGAACUCUGGUCCUUCUUUGCGGUAUUCGAUGGUCAUGCCGGUAAUCGAAUAUCACAGUAUUGUGCGGAACACCUUCUAGAGACCAUAAUGCAAGCUGAUGAGUUCUCCAAGCUGAGAUAUGAGGCUGGGAUACGAGAGGGCUUUCUGCAGCUGGACGAGGAUAUGCGGCAGAUAUAUCAGCACAAGCCAGGUGGAUCGACGGCCGUAUGUGUCUUUAUCUCGCCGGACAGAAUAUAUUUGGCCAAUUGUGGGGAUUCACGGGCUGUGAUAUCGCAAAAUGGAAUAGCUGCCAUCUACACCAUUGAUCACAAACCAUUUUCGCCCAAGGAAAAGGAGCGAAUUCAAAAUGCCGGCGGCAGUGUGAUGAUAAAAAGAGUCAAUGGCACUUUGGCUGUGUCGCGAGCUCUGGGCGACUUUGAUUUUAAAAACAAUAGCUCCAGGCCCUCCGUCGAUCAGAUGGUGUCUCCCGAACCAGAUAUCAUAGUUUGCGAGCGUUCCCAACAGGAUGAGUUUAUCGUAAUCGCCUGCGAUGGCAUUUGGGACGUGAUGAGCAGCACCGAGGUCUGUGAAUUCAUUGGUUCUCGCCUCUUGGUGACCUAUGACCUGCCGCUGAUUGUGAACAGCGUGAUGGACAUCUGCCUGCACAAGGGCAGCCGGGAUAAUAUGACCCUGCUUUUGUUACUUUUGCCCGGCGCACCGACCAUCGAUAUGGAUGCCGUUAAGGCCGAACGGAAUCUCGAUCAGAGAAUUGCUCAAAUGACGAGGGAAGUGAUAGAGAGGCACGAAGUAACCGACUUUGAAACUCUCAUUCGUCUGAUGAAGAGGAUGGCCAUAAAUAUUCCAAAUCUGCCACCAGGCGGCGGCAUUUAUGCUAAAUACCAUAUCAUUGAGCAGGUUUUCCACGAGAAAUUCCCUGAUGCGCCGGCUGAAAUUAAUGAUUAUUUUACCAUGUAA